AUGGGAGCCCUCCAUCUUCUCAUUCUCCUCGCAGUUUCGACGGCUUCGAUCUACACCGGUGUCGACGGAAGCGCAGCGAAGGACGACUACGACAUGCUUCGUGGCCCAAUCCACGCACCGCCGGGCAAUUCGUUCAACUCGUUUGCGGGGAAUCCCAACCGACGCCGCGGCUACGACGUCUCCUCUCACCGCCACGGCCAUGCUACGGAAGGCGAAGCUAUCCUUGUGAACAUCUUGGCCGGCGUCUUUGGUUUUGCAACUUCUUUGCUCUUUUCGCUCACAAUCUGGAACCGGUGCAUUUCCCGUCCCUCGAAAGUAACUCAUAGUCCUAUCGCCACCACCGGGGAGCGCAGAAACUUGUUGGGCCGGACAGAGUCGCUGCAGGUGUCUCUGGGCCAGAUCUCACCCAUGACGAUCUCCCGGAGGCUGACCGUGCAGCUAACUCCCUCCGAUCUACUACAUGCAACUGCAGAUUUCCACCCCGAUCGUAUUAUCGCGGUUGGGAGUGCGCAGCUGGGGACGUCAUACAAGGCCUUCCUCAGCGACGGAACUGCGCUCACCGUCAAGCGGCUGCGGUCGUGCAGGCUCUUCGGCGAGGCCCUCUACUCCGCGACGAUCAGUCGCAUUGGUCGACUCCGCCACCCCAACCUUGCACCGCUCUUGGACUUCUACACAAUCAACGACGAGCGCCUCCUCGUCUACAAGUACAUGCCGAACGGCGCCCUCUCCUCCCGACUACACUCUUCCUCUCGCUCUCUGGAUUGGCCUGCUAGGCUCAAGAUAGCAAUCGGUGCCGCCCGCGGUCUCACGUGGCUCCACCAUUGGUUCCACGCUCCCCUCCUCCACCAUUACAUGAGCUCGAGCACGAUCCUCCUCGACGAAGACUAUGAGGCCAAGAUCACCGAUUUCGGCCUCUCGGGGCUCCUCGAAUCGAACGUCGGGGAAUUGGGCUACGCGGCUCCGGAGUAUGCUGCGAAUCCGGUCCCGACCACAAAGGGCGAUGUUUAUGCAUUAGGAGUGGUGCUACUGGAGCUAGCCACAGGGAGGAAGCCCGGUGAGAUCGGCACGGAUGCGGUGGGGAUACGUUUUGCAGGAAAUUUGGUGGAUUGGGUUCGCAAGCUUGCGGGCGAAGGUAGGAUCAGAGAUGCUGUUGAUGAGUCGCUGCGCGGGAAGGGCCAUGACGUCGAAAUUGUGGAGUCCUUGAAAAUAGCCAUGGGAUGUGUUGUAAAUAGUCCGCAGGAGAGGUUCUCAAUGUAUGGAGCGUACCGGUCGCUGAGGAACGUUGGCGACGGUUACGGCUUCUUGGAGCAGUUUGAGGAGAUCCCACUGGUUCAUGGGGCAGACGGCUGCAGUGCGAGAGAUUAA